AUGGAGUUGUCUAGUGCACUGCGUCCUCUAGAUGAAUCACUUCUCCGCGAACUCCCCCAACUCUCUCUUCGUAUCGCCCCUCUACGAGAACCAGUUUCCUCCCGAACCCUAAGCGUCCCAUCACCUCUCGAACCCAAUGCCAGUGGUGCUCGAGAGAAUAAUAUAUCCAAGGGAAAUAAGAACAAUGGAACAGUCCCUGCAAAUACCAAAACAAAUCUACCAACAGUGACAGAAUUCCUCAAUGCUGCGCGGACUAGGAAGACCGAACUUUCUGCCGACUCACAGUCAAGUGUUGAACGACUGCCGAGACCGAUUCUUCCAGCCUUUGUGAACCUUCGUGCACUUGAGAAAUUCCCGUUCUCAUCUUCUUUCGAUGACGAUGCGCUUCAAGGACCCCGCAAGCGUCGCCGGUUGGAUCUCCAGGCCGAUUCAUUCAGCGAGCAUUUACAGUUGCCAAUUCCGCAGGCCCAGAAGGAACAACGACCUCCUCCAUUUGGACCAUUUGCUAUAUUGAAUGGACUGAACGAGCCGCCACCUAAUGCUGCACUUCUUCCACCUAUCGAGGCUGGGUCUAAUAUUUCCCAGCUUCUGAACAAGCCAUCUGGGCGCAAUGCUUCCAUUGAUCCCGGAGUCUUAACCUCUGCUCAGAAUGUGACCGCUGAUGACCAGCCAGUAGAGCGAAGAGAUACAAGACUAGAAGAGAUUCUCAGGACCUCGCUCAAUGAGAAUGAUGAUGUUCAUAAUGAUAAUGACAACAACAUCGAACCUACCAAUCUUUUGGAUACGAACGAAAUUGACCCGGCAAUCCGUGAUGCAGAGAUUCCCAAGAGCAGUGACUUGCCUCUCGCGCCGAAAGAGAAAGCGCCUAUUCCCCCGAAAACUCGUGGUCGAUCCCGUAAGAACAUGAGGAUGUGGACCGAAGAGGAAACGACUGCUCUCCUUCGGGGUGUGGUCAAGUGUGGUAUUGGAAAUUGGACUGCUAUCCUUGCUCAACCAGAACUGGAGUUUAAUCAGAGGUCUGCCUCGAAUCUGAAAGACAGAUUUCGAGUGCUAUGUCCAUGGGCCUAUCGUGCUUCUGACCCCAAUGAAGCUGCGAAACAAAUCCACGACACUCUGGCCAAUGCCCUACUUAAGUCCAAAGACCCCUCAGAUACAACGCUGGGGAAGAUCUACCUUCCUCGUCCAAAUUCUCUGAGUCAAAGUUCCGAACCAGCCUCCAGUACCGGAAGCCCAGCAACUAAGCCACACAAAUCCUCAACCCCAAGCACUCUCUCGCCUACACCUGAUACAGAUGCUGGGAGUAGUAGUAACGCCCAAUCAAAAUCACCAUCAUUGGAGCAAAGCACUCCUGCGCCCUCGGACAAAUCUCGCCUCGCAUCCAUCGCCCUCGCAUCCUUUGGUAUCCCAGAACCGCACGUAACGAAUUCCAAAAGACGCUCUCGACGGCCCUUUACUCCAGCCGAAGACGAAGCCCUACUGAAAGGCUACGCAGUCCACGGAUUUCAAUGGACCCUAAUCCAGCAAGAUGCGCGACUGAACCUAAGCCACCGCAAAUCAACCGACCUUCGCGACAGAUUCAGAACAAAGUUUCCAGACGCCUAUCGCGAUGGCGGCUCCGUGAGCGGCAAGAAACUCACGACCCAAAGCCCAAGCCUAGGUCCGGGUUCGGCUUCUGGUCAGAACUCGCCGGCUGGAGGGUCAACGCCCAGGCCAACUACUGUCGCUACUCGCGAGCAAACUCCAACAAAGGUGAAUGCGAAUGCAGCGACGCCGAUUCUCACUCCGCGUCAUUUGUCAUCCAGGAGUCGUCAUGCUGCUACUCCUUGUCAGCAGUCUAAUAUCGGACCUAUGGAUUCUGCUUUCUUGCCUCCGCCUCCGCUUCCUCAGGGGUUCUUGGAGAACUCUAUGGGUCUUCCACCUGCUGGGGGUGGUGGGCUUUCAUUCUCUUUGGAUGAGGGCUCUGGCGCGGGUACAUCUUCGGGGGUUGAGACACCUUGGGAGGAUAAUACGCUUGCUCCUAUGAAUUGGGAUAUCCUCACUUGA